AUGACUGACUACUAUGACAUUGGUCUUUUAGAAAAAGACCAGGAUGAUACCUCAGAAGAGCCACGUAUGGAUCAACAAAUCCGAGAAGAUUUUGCAUCUCUUUAUAGUAUUGUUGUUGCAUUAGAGAAUCUAGAGAAAGUGUUUACCAAGGAUGCCAUCUCCCCAGAUACCUUUGAGUCUACCUCUAACGUGCUUCUCCAGCAGUGGGAUUCUUGCUUGAAGGACGAGACUGUAUCGAGCCUAUUUGUUUCUUUGGAAGACUUCUUGUCAAAAUAUCAAUUACAAUGUCCGAGGGCCAUGAAGCGAAUUCAAGAGCAUUCCGAGAUUGCUCCAACUAACAAAACUCCAUCCAACACUCCGAAUCAUCUUUCCAACACUAGAGAACAAGUUGCGGCAUCCACUGAAUCUCCUUCCGACCGAGAACCAACUAUAGCCUCUGCACCCUUGACAACCCCUGCUGUUUCUACAGCAAAAUCUAUCGCCGAGCUUGUACAGAAUUUUAUUACUACUUUGGAUGCAAUUCGUUUAAAUUUUGUCGCAAAAGAUCAAUUGCAUCCUCUGCUUUCAGAAUUAGUCAUUUGCAUGGAUGACCUUACAGAGAUGCUCAAUAAGCAAGUGUCUGGCAGGAGUAAAUUAGUCCAAUGGCUUAUUUUUAUUAAUCAUAUGGAACCAACCGAUCAGUUAAAUGAAGAACAAAAGGAUGAAUUACUGCAUAAUCUUGAAGAAACCUAUUCAGAAUGCUAUGGAUUGCUCUAG